AUGGCCUCGCGCUUGAUGCCGAUCGUGCGCACUGCUACCCGCCGCUGUGCCGCUGCGCGCAUGUGCCAGUCGCUUGUUGCCCUCCGUGCCCUCCAUGACGGGCCGCCCCGUCGCAACAAGCCUGGCAGUCAUUCUCAGACCGAUUCAGACAUCGAGAUCCCCUUCCCCCCCGAGAAUGAGCUCCCAAGCGACCCCGUCCACCGUGCGGGUGGCCAGUACGUGAAGCCGACGCUCCAGACCUUUUCUCUGGACAAGAAGGUCGGCCUCGUCACUGGAGGCGCCCGAGGUCUGGGCCUUGUCAUUGCGCAAGGCAUGGUGUACUCUGGUGCUGACGUCGCUCUGGUUGAUAUGAAUAAGGAGGAAGCUGAGAAGCAGACCAAAAACCUUGUCAAGGCUUUCAUGCGAGAGAAUCCCAAUGCUGCGCGAGUCCCAAAAGUUACCGCUCACUUUUCGGACGUCUCUGACCCCGCCUCCGUCGACGCUUGUAUUGCCGAAGUCAUCGAGCAGCAUGGCAAGAUUGACAAUCUUGUUACAUCUGCCGGCUUUACUGAAAAUUACGAAGCCGUCAACUACCCAAUUGAUCGCCUGCGCAAGCUGUGGGCGGUCAAUAUCGAUGGCACCUACCUCUUUGCCACCUCGGUUGCGCGCCAUCUCAUGGAGCGGAAGGCGCCCGGAAGUAUGGUCCUAAUCGGCAGCAUGUCCGGUUCUAUUGUCAACGUGCCCCAGCCUCAAACGCCAUACAAUGUGUCCAAGGCUGGUGUUCGCCAUCUAGCCUCUUCUCUUGCGGUUGAAUGGGCUGAUGCCAACAUCCGAGUUAACUGUCUCAGCCCUGGAUAUAUGAUGACAGCUCUGACAGCGAAGAUUCUCGACGAGAACCCCGAGCUCAAGAAGAAAUGGGUUUCUCUAAUUCCCAUGGGCAAGAUGGGAGAUCCCGGUGACUUAAUGGGACCUGUAAUCUUCCUGCUCUCAGAGAACAGUAAAUACGUCAACGGCAUUGACCUCCGAGUAGACGGCGGUUAUACACUCACUUGA